AUGUCGAAAGGCGACGGUGAACAGCAGAAUGGCUCGGGCGAGGAGUCCAAGACUAACCUCAUCAUCAACUACCUACCGCAGAGCAUGACACAGGAGGAAAUUCGGAGUCUCUUCUCGAGUAUCGGCGAAGUCGAGUCCUGCAAACUGAUUCGGAACAAAGGAGCCGCUUUCCCGGACGCGUUGAAUCACGCUCUCCACGGCGGCGGUCAGAGCCUCGGCUACGCCUUCGUCAACUACCAUCGUCCAGAGGAUGCCGAGAAGGCUAUUGCCACAUUAAACGGACUCCGUCUACAGAACAAAACAAUCAAGGUGUCCUACGCCCGACCGAGCAGCGAAGCCAUCAAAGGGGCGAACCUAUACGUUUCCGGACUGCCCAAGACAAUGACGCAGACCGAACUCGAGCGGCUUUUCAGUCCGUACGGCAGAAUUAUCACGUCACGGAUCCUGUGCGAGAACUCCGGAGGGCGUCCAUUCACAGGAGGAGAGCAGGGGCUAUCAAAAGGCGUGGGCUUCAUCCGCUUCGAUCAGCGGGUGGAGGCAGAGCGUGCUAUACAAGAGUUAAACGGAACCGUGCCUAAGGGGGCGACGGAGCCGAUCACUGUGAAGUUCGCGAAUAACCCGAGCAACAACGGGAAAGCGCUGGCGCCGCUGGCGGCUUAUCUACCGGCCGCGCUGCGGUUCCCGGCGCCGUUGGGAAGAUUCAGUUCAGGCAAGUCUCUCUUAGCCAUCAAUAAAGGCUUGCAGCGCUACAGCCCGCUGGCCGGCGAGCUGCUCGGCGGCGUCUUACCCGGCGCCGUCGGCUCUGAGUGGUGCAUCUUUGUUUACAACCUCGCUCCAGAGACCGAGGAAAACGUCCUCUGGCAGCUGUUCGGGCCGUUCGGCGCCGUCCAAAGCGUCAAAGUCAUCAGGGACCUCCAAACCAACAAGUGUAAGGGCUACGGCUUCAUCACUAUGACCAAUUACGACGAGGCAGUGGUCGCCAUUCAGUCGCUCAACGGCUACACGCUCGGGAACAGAGUGCUGCAAGUCAGCUUCAAGACUAACAAGAUCAAGACCAUCUAA